AUGCUUGAUAUGAUUUGGGAAGAGCAGCAGGGCAUGGAAGUAAUAUAUCAGUGGGUUCAGUGGCUCCAAAACUCUUUACUUUCUCACCUAGGGUUUGCUGAUGAGAUAAUUUUAAGCAAGGGUGAUCUAACCUGUCAUGAAGAUGGUGGGGAUAAGCAUGCUUGUCGAGAUGAUUCUGCACCUGAUGUUAUAAUUACAAGGAUUAUGAGAUAUGAUGAUGAUAAGCGUCAUGAAGCCUUCUUACAUGAUAUUCAUGACUGCAUGAUAUGCUUCAGCGAGUUUCCUGGUGUCGAUUUUGUCACACUUCCAUGCCAUCAUUUCUUUUGCCGGAAAUGCAUCCAAACAUACUGCAAAAUUCAUGUCAAGGAAGGAACUGUAUUGAAGUUGACGUGUCCUGAUACAAAAUGUGAAGGUGUUGUUUCUCCUCAUAUAUUGAAAACACUUCUGGCGGAGGAUGAGUAUGAACGUUGGGAAAAACUGCUUCUUCAGAGAACUCUCGAUGCCAUGAAUGAUUUAGUUUAUUGUCCAAGGUGCGAAACUGCUUGCUUGGAGGAUGAAAGUAACGAUGCGGUGUGUCCGAGUUGUCUAUUCAGCUUCUGCACGCUUUGUACAUCCCACCGUCAUGUGGGGAAACAAUGUAUGACCGCAGAGGAAAAAAUUCGAAAGUUGGAGGAACGGCUAAAAUCUAGGCAGGAACGCGGUGAUCAGAAUUUGACAGAUGAAGUACUCAGCCUCCAGGCAAUUAUGAGGGAUGCAAAACAGUGCCCACGAUGCAAGAUCGCUAUAUAUAAGAUAUCAGGAUGCAAUAAGAUGACAUGUUCGAACUGCGGGCAUUACUUCUGCUACCAAUGUAACUUUGCAAUUGUUGGAUAUGAACACUUCAGACCGGGUGCAUGUGAUCUUUUUUCUCGGGAGGAAAUCCGUAGAUGGGAAGCGCGCAUGAAUCCAGGGAGGGGGCGUGUAGAGGACGCUCCAGCUCCUGCCCCAUUGCCUCAAGGACGAUAUCGUCACCCUUGUCCUACAUGUGGUAAAGGAACUCCAAAGAUUGGAAACAAUAACCACAUCUCCUGUGGGUCAUGCCAGACAGGGUUCUGUGCAUUGUGCCGGAAGACUGUCCACAAAACUUCACAGCAUUUUGGUCCCAGGGGAUGCAAGCAACACACUCCAGAUCGCGACUGA